AUCAAAAUGGCGGACGGAUGUCAAGUCCGGACGACAACAAAAAUGUAGUGAAGCCUUAUGAGAUGCAUCAUGACACGGCUGUUGCUAUUGCCUAGGUGUUAGAUCUGUGUUCAGUGGGAUUUAGUCGUGCAUUGCGGAUCAGAGGCGAAACCUGAGUUACAGCUUUAUUUAGCCACAGCUGCUGAAGUCGGACAAAGAACUCAUUUGGAAUUUACUUUUAUCUGAUAUGAGCAAAGUCUUUGAGAUGGGCCACACUGGCUGUUGUAUCGGCGGCUGGCAGCAGUUGCCUUAACGCUCGGGAUGAGCGCCUCGGAGGGAAAAGAGAUGUCCAAAAAACCAACGAGCGAGGCGAAGCGGAUAGUGCAGAAUGACCAGGAGAAGCAAAGGAAGGAGAAGAUCAAGACCUGCAUUAGCGAGAUAGCCAAAGAGCUACCGCCUAGCUCGGAGCACCUGGACAGAAAGCCGAGCACGUUAUCGAUUGUUUCUCAAGCCAAAGAAUUCAUCAAAAAGCUCAAGGUACAGAACCAUGCCUACGAAGGUAACCUGGCCUCUGAAGAACAACAGGAGGAGAUCAAGAGACUGCGGGAAGCUCAGGUGUCCAGCUUGGAGACCAUUCGUCUGCUGGAAGAGAAACUCAAGGCUUAUGCCCUUGAGAAAGUGUUGCAACCCAAAUCGAGUGAGGACAACGCCUCUGUCAGCCAUGAUGACGGGGCGGCCAGAGGGCGGGCCAACCGCCCCAAGACCAUCAACAGACUCUUUGUGGAGAAAGAGAGAAACGAAAUGCAGCAGGCCCAGCCAGACGGCCAGGCAGACCUGUCUUUCCAAGGAGGAGCGGUCCCCAUCAUGGGUACGAGCUUCAGUCACCACGGCAACAACAGUGGUGGUGCAGGAGGUAGCGGGGGUUCGCUCCCCCCGUCGUCCAUGGUCCUCCCGGUGGUCUCCUCCAGCAUCUCCAUCAUGACGGUGGCUCCGACCAUCCUGUCGGUGAAGAGUCCGUCGCUGGGCCAGGCUUCGUCGUCGCGGCACCACCAGCAGGCCAGCGGCGGGGCGCGCCCGGUCAGCGCCGCCUCCCUCUCCACCACGGUGGUCAGCAGCACGGUCAGCUCCGGCCGCCUGGCGUCGGUGGUGGCGUCGGGCGGCGUGUCCUACAUGGAUCUCAUGUCGGGGGAUUUCUCCGGUGGAGGAAGCGGAGGGGUGAUUGGCGGGGGCGGGGGUGCCUCGCUCGACGGUUCUCAAGGGAGCUUAUCGGUUUCUAGCUCCUCGGCUGUUGUUGAUCCUGCUACUGGACUAGUGAGCAUUCAGCAGCAGCAGCAGCUUCAGCUUCAGACAAGUAUUAGUAACAAUAACAACAACAACAACGGUGGUGGUGGUGGUGGCAGCGGUAGUGGUGGGGUUCAAACCGGGGACCUCUCACUCCUCCACCAGCAGGGCUUGUCCGGCUACAGCCAGCAGCAAGGCGACCCCGGUGCCACUUCGGCCCUGCAGACGCUGGCCUCUGUUGCCACAAGCAACCACCUGGGAGGACUCUCUGGUCUGGGUGGUGCCUCAACGGCGCCAGGUCAGACUCUGGGAAACAUUGCCGGUAUUUCUGUUGGUAUCGGCAACAGCAUCUCCCUGGGGCAGCAGCAACAACAACAGCAACAGCAACAGCAACAACAACAGCAGCCCAUUUUGUCUGUGUCUCAGUCGGACAAUGCUGCCCAGAGCUGCAAGCAGGUGAUGGUCAACGGACAGAUUCUCACGGUGACAGACUCCAACAUGCUGGGCCCUCCGCCUGGCUCGGACGCUGUCGACUGUCACCAGAACAACCUGCAGGCCGCCAGCUUGGGCCCCCCUCCGCCGAAUGGACUCUCCCUCGGGCCCGCUGGGGCUGCCACCCUGGGGCCGCCCUCCUCCGGUCUCAACAUGGCGACAGGCGGGCUUCUAGGCCAUAGUGGGCUCGGUCCGGGGACGGUGGGCCUGAACCAUCCCGUCAUCUACACAGUGGGAGAAGGGGGACAGCUCGUCCCGCUACAUCCCGCGCCGAUGGGCAUGGUGCAGCCUAACGGGCCGGCAGGGCUGGACUUCAACUCCCUGCAGACAUUGCAGAACUCAAGCAUAAUACCGCAGUCUCAGCUGCUGCAGCAACAGCAGCAGCAGCAACAUCAGCACCACCAGAGCGGCCUGCAGCAGCAGCAGCCUCAGCAACCCCCCGUCGUGUCGUUAGGAGGAGGGGCGGGCAACCCUGGUGCGGGGCCGCUAACGAUCCUGCCGGCGAACCCUGGCGGGCCUCUACAACCACAACUGCUGAACCCUGGCCCUUUGUUCCUGGCUCAGCAGCUCUCCCAGCAGCAACAGGUGCUGAACUUGUCCAACCUGGGUGGAGGUUUGCAGCUGGUGAACCCGUUCACGGGUGUGGUCAUGAACGGCAUGGCCUCCGGGCCAGGGGCCGCCGCCACCGCUCCCCCGCAGGCCUCAGCGCAUGGCAACCCGGCCACAGCCGGGACGGCGGGGACGAUGCCCUUCAGCGGCACGGCCAUCAAGUUUGUGGGCAACGACGUGAAGAUUGUGCAGCCGGGCGACAGCCACCAGGGCCCCACCCACGUCAUGGUGGACGGCUCGCUCAUCCCCAUCUCCACCAACCCGCAGACCAUCGUGCCCGCCGGGCUCCCGCUGGGCACCGCGCCGGGACAGAAGCCCAUACCGCUGGGCUCGAACCCUAUCCUUCAGUUUGACCCCAACAACCUGUCGGCCCCGCCCAUCCUGAUCAACGGGCCCGGGCCCGGCCUCCAGCUGAACCCGCAAGUCCCUCUCCAGACUCCGACCAUCUCGACCGCCCCCGGGGGCUUCCUGCAGAUGGUUUCGGGCACGCCGAUGCUAGGCUCAGCGCCCUUCCAGCUGACGGGGAGCGCCGCAGGGGGCGUGGUGGUGGCCUCCAGUACCAUCUCUGGCACGGUGACCACCGCCUCAGUCAGCGCCUGUAUUCCCUCCCCUGCUGUCUCCUCGGCUACCAGACUCACCAAGAACUACCCACCGCUGGCGCCUGCAUUUUCUCAAUCAGGGGCCACAAUCAUGGCCUCGGGAGCUUCAGGGGUAGUGACCUCCCUUCCUGCCAUUCUGCCGUCGGUCAUCCCGCAGCAAAUUGUGGUCAGUGGAGGAAAAGCUGUGUCCUCGUCGGGGAAACUUCCCGCGGCGGGGCCACUGAGCUCGAAGACGUCCCAGAACAGGAGGCGAUCCCCGUCGUCUGCAAGAUUAUCUCCCGUGGCCGCUUUAGAGGUUUCGCCACACUUCAUGCAGCAGCAGAUACAGCUGUCUACACCAGCCAGUGCUGCUGCUGCCGUUUUACCGAUGUCGUCCACCUCGUCAAAGACUGUCUUAAGCGGAGGCAGAACGUUCGAAAAAACAUCGAAGAGCAAAAGUCCGAAACAGGGGCUGGAGGGGAAGACAACGCUGACUGCGGUGCAGAAGACGGACCUCCUGGCCCAGGCAACCGCCACGGCGGGAAUUUUGAUGGACGGGGAGAAUCACGGCUCGGAGUACCCGCACGCGGGCGACAGCGCCACUAGUGGUGGUGGUGGGUCUGUGGGUGCUGGAGGUGUUCUGAACGUGUCUACAGCCUCCGAUUUAAACAACUCUGGCUCAUCGUCGACGGGCGAGCUGCACAUCUCGCUGAAGCAGUCGCCGCGGGACGAGGAGGACGACAACAUCCAGCUGAUCAUUGACGAGAACUGCGGCGGAGGCAGCUCCACCUCCCCGGCACAGUCCACCUUCAGCCCCAACAUGGGCAGCCUGUCUGUGUCCACCAGCCUGCCGGCCUCCUCCUCCCUGCCGGCCUCCUCCUCCGUAUUCCCGCAGGCCUUGACCCCUGUUGGGUUGGGGGUCGCGGGGGGAGCCGGCUCUUCCUCCCAGCAGACGGCGCUGUGUGGCGGGGAGCUGACCACGCCGCUCGUGUCCCCCAUCAUUGCCUCGACGACAACGACGCAGCAGCGACAACCACCACAACAACAACAACAGCCACCGCCCCAGUCGGUGCAGCAACAACUGCAGCAGCUGACUUCUAGUGCCAUGUCUACCAUAUCUUCCUCUCAGCUGCUCAGCCCCAUGUCUGCCACCAUCUUCAGCAACAAAAACUCCUCUGCCGUGUCCGCUUCUGCCACAGCUGCGACUUCUGCCAGUGAAAUGCAGAUUGUGGCCGGCCCGUUCCGGCCCGAGGAUGUAUUCGCUCAGCUGUCAAACAGCCUGGGUGUGGACGGUAAGCUCAAGCUGCAGAGCCCAGAUUCUUCCAAAAAGCUGAGUGCUCUGAACAUCAUUACGGCCUCUAGCAACAGCGGUAGUGGUACCCAGAACAACAACAGCGGUGGUACUGUCAGCAUGAAACUGCCCUCGCCCAUCACGGUGGCCAGUAACGUGUCUCCAAAACUCAAAUCCUACGUUCCCAUCGCCCCCGCACCAACCAAAGGCUCAGCCGUGUCUUCCUCGCCAGCAAGCUCCACCUGCGACACGCCCGCCUUCUCUCUGUCCGAUUCCAUGGGCCAAAUUGGACUGCUGCAGGAGAAACCAGCGGCAAAGGGCAAAGGUCGCAGUAAGAAGUCGUCGGCUGCUGCCAGCAUAGCUCCCGUGGUGACCUCGCUGUCUGUUCUCUCCUCUGAUGGGAUGACUCCUCGGACCAAAACUUCGGACUUGAACAAUUCUGUUUCUGUGGCUCCGACACCUGUGGAGACCAAGAAAAAAGCGCCAGCCAAAAAGCGCAAAACCAAAGCGGAGUUACGGAAGGAGAAGGAAGAGAAGGAAAGGUUGGCGAAGGAGGAAGAAGAGAAGAAACGCAGGGAAGAGGAAGAAAGUCGAAACUGUGUGGCUGCCGCUAAUGGAGUGUUUGUCAGCGCGUCGCAGGGAGAUGGUGGGGAGGACGACGGGCUUCUGACGGUUCUCGAGGUGAAUGAGAAUGAGGCUGUUAAGGAGCAGAUUUUAAAUUCUGUCGCCGAGUCCAAACUCCUCAACACGGACGGCAGCUUCAUCAGUCUGAUGGAUGUGGUGGACAAGAUGGAGAUUCUGAGUUCAGAGACGGGAGAGGAAACGGCCGUGUUCAAUAACAGUAUCGCCAGUGGUCACUCGGCCAACCCUCUGUCUGUCGGAGAGGGAAGCCGUGGGCUGAUGGUGGAGGCUGCGGCCGUUGCCACGGUGAACCCCAUAGAUACUCUCCAAGUCAAAGUGCCAGAGUCAAAGUCGGCGACCACCAGGGAGAGGUCGCGGAAGAGGAAAGAGGCGACAGGGAACGCGUCAACAAAAAGUGAAGCAAAGAAGGUGAAAAAGUCUGCUCCAAAGCAGAAAGAGCCGCCCAAGUCGAUGGCGGACAUGGGGCUUUUCGGAAUGAGUGUGUCCUUAGUGCCGGCGCCGAUGAGUGCGUCUUCAGACAUUUACGAAUUUGUGGAUGAUGACGAUAGUGCCAUUAGCUUCUUGCAACCCCCACCGACCCCCUCCAAGUCGCCCACAAAGAAAACGCCGGCCACUCGUAAGGGUAAAUCCAGCAAGGCUGCAGGGGAUUCGGCCACGGUGUCGGCUGAUGCAAAGACUGGUAGCGUUACUACUCGCAGCGAAGCCAAGAAUCAGAAAAGUGCCCCUGUCGCAGCGUCAGUGUCGGACCAUUUGUCAAUGUCAGUGCCGGUGGCGGCAGUAACCCAUCCAACAUGUCCGUCGUCUUCGGCAGUUUUGGCAUCGACGCCGUCUUUGCUGUCACCAUGCUCGGUUCCCGCCCCCCUGCCAUCUGCUAAUGUUGAAUCGACAGACUCCGUUUCAGCUCUGUUGUUAUCAUCUUCAUCGUCGUUACCAUCAUCCAUGCCUUCUUCGAUACCAUCAUCAUUGUCCACAUUACCCCUUGAGCUCAAAUCCUCGGCUUCCACAGCCAGCACGACGCCGCAGGUCUCUUUCUCCGGCCCCAGCACGCGGUCCAACGUGCCCCGGUCGCUUCCCUUGUUCUCCUCAACGUCCCCGUCAAAGAACUCCCCGCUCAGCCCCGUCAGCUCGUGCUCCAGCACGUCGGUCACCACCACCACGGAGGCCUCGCUUGCUAAGAAAGAGGCUGGCAACUCCUCUGUGACCGAAGCCAACCUCACUAGCAGUCUGGAAGAAUCUUUUGCCAUGGAGUUCCCGGUCAUGGAUUUCCACAGCUCGCCCAAACUGGAAGGAAACGACAACGACGACCAAGAGAACUCCAUCGGGCUCCCCGAGGAUAGUAUCGUGGAUUUCUUCAAUCAGCAGAGCCCGGGGAAGAUCAUCUUGAACUCGAGCCCGCCCUCGCUUCAGAACGGAGUGCUGUCCCCUUCGGAUGUGGAGCUGCCGGCUCUGAGAACCCCAGCGCCCCCGCUGAAUCACAACCACUCGCUCCUGAUGGACACUCCGGGGGCGAAAGAGCUGGUCUCGCCUUCGUCGAUCGCGCAGCCUUCCUCCCGAAUGCACACGCCUCCGCCCUUGGACCCCAAGUCUCCUGGCAACACACUCCCAGAGAGCAUGACCGCUCCCUCCAGCCCCCCUCAGCCCGGAGGAUCCAUCCUCCCCCACGCUCCGUCUUCCUCUUCCUCGCCUUCAGCCUCUUUGUCCACUCCUUCGUCAUCUUUGACCUCGUCCAUGACCCUCUCCUUACCCCAGCCACAAACCUCUCUUCCAUCCUCCCAGCCAUCUUCUUCGUCUUCCCCGUCUCAUCCAUCGUCAUCCUCCCUCUCUAUCGCAUCAUCAUCUUCUGUAGCGGUCCUCAACACGAAAACCUCCCCCAACAGCUGUAUGAAAGCGUCUCCGUCGUCCAUGUCUCACCUAGAGACAGGCCAGCCCUCCAGCACCGCCCCGUCCAUGGAGUCACAGAUGCCCUCUCUCAGCUCCUCAUCGCUGGACGUGUUGUCCGAGAUACUUCCCCUCAAGCCCAUCACCUCCGAGCUGGAGGAGGAGGAGGCUGCCGCCGCUGCUGUGGUGGCCGCUGCGGCUGCGGCUGUGGCUGACAACAACUGUGUGCAGCAACAGCAACAGAGGCGCGGGGCGGGCAGUCAAGGAGCGGGCACGCAGCCAUUGACGCACGUCUCCAUGGCCGGCAACGACUUGGGUCUCGGGAUGCCCCAGCAGAAAUCACGCCCACCGUCACAACAGCAGAUGGAGCUGCAGCAGCAGCAACAGCACCAGGCACAGCAGCAUCAGCACAGCCCCAUGAUGGAUCAGCGAUCCGGCGUCCCCCCACUCUCCCACCCGCCCCAACAGUCUCCGAACCUGACCCCUUUGUUCCCACCCCCGGACUCUUCCCCUCAUGGCAACACUUUUGCCUCCCCGCCCAGCGGCUCCAGCAUGAAACUAAAACACAUGAGCCCGUCAGCCGCGUCCCAGAAUCCCCAGGAGCAAGCCACCGCAGGCUACAUAGGCGGGCCCAAAACUUUCCCCACCUCCAACAGCCAGCAGCAGCAACAACAGAAGAACCAGUACUCCGUGGACAAAAUUAUCGAGCACCCAAAUGCGUCCAACCCGCAAGGGGGCGGAGCUACCAGGGGGCUGCCUAACGAGAGCUUCAACUUUUCCAGUAUGAGUUCCAACGUGACUUCGGCGCCCGCCGUCCCUAGCUCAGGCACGAUGCCCAUGACCUCUAACCCCAGCUCGGGGGGAGGUGGUGGCUUCUCGUUCUCCCUCUCCUCCAGCUCCCACCCCCAGCAAGCCUCCUGUAGCGCCAACAACGCAGGCACUGGCUCGGGGGCCAGUAGUGGGGGUGCGGGGGGACCCCCUCCCAACCGCGGGGGACCCUCUUCCUCCUCCUCCAUGCAGCCUUCGCUCCCCCAGUCUGCGGCAGGCUCCCACCCCUCCUCGUACCUCCACCCGUUCUUCCCCCACCCUCCCUCCAUGGGCCUGUCCUCGGCGGCCGCGUCUUCGUCUUCCUCCUCCUCCUCGUCCACCCACCACUCUCUGGCCAUGCACCCUCUGGGCAACAUGGAGAUCCAGCACCCGUCCUCGCGACCCAACCAGGACCCCUCUUCCGCCACGCCCAAUUAUGGAAUAGGGCCUUCGAGUCUGAUGACCUACGGCAACCAACCCAAACUGGACAUACCGCCAAUAGCCAAGUCGCCGACGUACAGCGCGUCAAGUGGCCCUACGGGACCCAGCAGCAAUAGCAAUAAGCCCAUGGCUGGGAACUCUAACUCUGGGGUUCACCAAGGCAAGUCUCAGAGCUCGGGAUCCAGCCAAAGCGCGUCGGGGACUGCGAAUUCAUUUUCAGGAGUCGGCAGCAAAGCUGGUGGUGGAGGUGGCGGUGGUGGUGGUGGCAGCGGUGGUGGUAGUGGUGGUAGCAUGGACAGCGGCAGCAACAACAACAGCAGCAGCAGCAGUCGCGGCUACCACGGGUCAAAGUCGACCCCAGAGUCCAUCUACCAGCAGCAGCAGAAGAGACCCAACACCAUCCAGCACCCUCCGGCCAGCAUGGCUCACCUCGACCCCACGGGCCGCCUUGCUUCCUCCGCCUCCUCCAUCGCACCCUCCUCCUCCUCCUCCCACAAUAACUUCUUUCCCGUCGGCUUCCCUUCCUCUUCGGCGGCGUCGUCCUCACUGUCCGCAGCCUCGAUGCCGCUGCGGCACCUUCCUGAUGGUCGCGAUAUGCCUACAAGGUCGCCAUACGAUUACGCCAUGGGACACCCAGCCAUGGGGUUCUCCCACCCACACGCUCAAAUCUCGUCGGGAUAUGGGGCAGCUGCCAUGGCUGCACAGUCUUUCUCCCGGGACUGUUCCAGACAACAGCAGCCGCAGCCAGCCCCCAGAAAGCAGUCGAAUCAGAAGAAGACGUCCUCAGCGGGCUCCAUGUCGGGCAGCGGCAGCAGCAGCAGUGGGGGAUCCAGCCAUAGGGCCAACAGCAGCAGCAACAGCAGCUCGGCUUUAAACCAAGGUCAAGGCCACUCCUCGGCUUCCUCGUCUUCUGCGAGCCGGGCCCAGCCUUCCCAGCACCCACAGGCCCAGAAUUCCUCGGUGUCAAGCCACUCGUCCUCGUCCCACAACCGCAGCGCGAGCAGCGCUGGGGGCAACAGCAACAGCAGCAACAUGCAGAAGAGGAAGGCUGCGUCCUCCUCCUCCUCCUCUUCUUCCUCUGCCUCGUCGCGGAAGAAGACGACGACGGCCUCGCAGCAUUCCGGCUUCCCCCCGGACAUGGAAUGCUCAAUGUCCCAGAAUGUGUUCGAGCCUUCUUUCCCCUACCUGAACUUUCCGACCUUGACCCAGAACAUGUCCCCGCCAGCUGCCCGCCCCCACCAGGCGGACACACCCUUCCUAGGCGGCAUGUUCAACACGCCGUCCCGCCAGAUCUCCAACUCCAGCUCCAAGACAGCGGCGGACAUGACCGCCGGCCCCCACUUCCCCUUGUUCCACACAAGGGCGCAGAACUCUUUCUUUCAGCCCGCUGGCUUCGGCAUGAACUCCAUGACAGGUAACCACGGCAACGCGGCGGGCAUCUCCCCCCACUCCAUGGCCAUGGCGCCGCACAUGUCCCCGUUCGGCCUGUUCGGGAACGAGGGCACGCCCUCCGACAAUAUCUCGUCCAACAAGUUCCUCCACACCAACCCCAUCCUCCCCGGCGGCCCGCACCAAGCCAUGGACCCCUCCCUGCAACACGGCCCGCAGGCGGCCUCGCUCUAUCACAAUCGGCCGCACUCGGCCCAGUCUCACAUGAUGCCCACGAUGGCCGCCCUGUACCCGCACAGCUUUGACUCACGCGGCCACAUGGGACAGGCGUUUAACGGCUCCAUGGGCCCCCCGCCGCCCUUCCACACGCACGGCCUGCCGCCCAUUAACUUUUCUAUGCACGACUCCCACUGA